AUGGUCGGCCACCGAGCCUCUCUUGUGAAUGCCCUCUACCAAGGUUGCAAGCGGCAGCCGGCCAUUCGGUUCGGCUUUUCGACAAAAGCCCAAGGGCUCGCAUCCUUCUCGCCGAAACCCAGCUUCACUGCAAUAACACGCUCUGGGACUCCUUAUCAGGUCACUGCCGACAUUCUUCUCGCGGCCGACGGUGUCAAAUCCACAAUUCGCCAAAGCCUCUUGGCAGCCCUUGGUAUACAAGACAAUGUCCAGGACACGGGCCAGGCUGCGUAUCGGAUCAUGUUGACGAGAGAGCAAAUGCAGCACGACUCCGAACUGCUGUCUUUAAUCAACACGGAGCGUUCCAUUUACAACCUGUCGACGACACAACCGGACGUCAACUUCGCCGCCGCCGCCUCUACAACAUAUACGACCAAGGGAUCCAAAACAUCGAUGCUUCAGGUCUUUGGCGAUUUCUGUCCCCUGAUCCGUCGCAUGCUCGACCUAGUCCCGGACGGCGAGGUCUGCGAGUGGAAAUUGCGAGGCCACCAGCCCCUGCCGACGUGGAUCCAAGGGAGUGUGGCGUUGCUGGGAGAUGCUUGCCAUCCGACUUUACCUCAUCUGGCUCAGGGAGCAGUCCAAGCGAUCGAAGACGGUGCAGUGCUUGGCGUCUGCCUCUCCAGGAUCAAAGACACCUCACCAGAAACGAUCUACGGCGCUUUGAAAUGCUACGAGGAGACCCGGAAGCAGAGAGCCGAGACGUUGGUGGAGAUGGCGGCAUCGUCUGGGCGAGAGCUGCACUUGGGUGAGGGCGCUGCCAAAGAUGAGCGAGACCUCCAAUUUGCGAAGCUCAAGGCGGCGCGUGGCAAGGGGAGAGUCCCAGAUAAGUGGGCGGAUCAAGACGUGCAGAAGCUUAUCUACGGCACGGACUGCAUAGCCAUGGCGGAAAAAGCAUUAGCCCUGCAAAAUCAUGUUGUGGCAGUGGUAUAG